AUGGCACCCGGCGCGGACAUUGACCUCGAUGCCCCUUUCAAGGAGGACAUCAUCCUCGAAGUCCGCAGGAGCAGGAUGAAGAUGAUGCCAGGGUUGACGAUUCAAUCGGGAAUCGACAAGACGAUUUGUGAAGAGAUGACCGAGUACCCGGAAGCAGCAUCCCGCUUCAAACCGGGCGGAUUUGGGGAGAACCUCGUCACGGCGUCGAUGAACGAGCGCAAUGUGUGCGUCGGAGACAUUAUCUCCGCGGGCGACCCCGACAGCGGCCUUCUCCUGCAGGUCUCCCUGCCGCGGCAGCCGUGCUUCAAGCUGAACCACCGCUUCCAUCUCAAGAACUUCGCGCCCAAGACCUACGCCGCUUCGCGGACGGGCUGGUACUACCGCGUGCUGCGGCCGGGGCCCCUCGAGGCGGGCAUGAGCAUCGCGCUCGUGGAGCGCAAACACCCCAAAUGGACCAUCGAGCGCCUGCAGGAGUACCUCCACCGGAACCAGACGGACGACGCCAUGAACGAGGAGCUGUCGCAGAUCGAGGAGCUGGGCCAGGAGGCCCGAGGAGCCUUCGUAAAGCGCGUCGCCAAAGCCAAAGCGGCAGCAAACAAGAAGCAGCAGCAGUCGAGUGAGUCCUGGGCCGACUACAAGCUGGUCGAGAAGACGCGGCAGACGGCGCGCAUCACGUCGUUCGUGCUGGAGCGGGUAGCGCCAGACCCGGACGCGCCGUCGUACCUGCUGGGGGCGCACGCGCGGCUGCGGCUGCCCGGCGGCCUGGUGCGGUCGUACUCGAUCGUGUCCGGGACGCCGAACCGGUUCGAGCUCGGCGUCGCGCUCGAGGACUCCAGCCGCGGCGGGUCGGCGUACCUGCACGGCACUGCCGCGGUGGGCGACGUGCUGCCCGUGGCGGCCUCCAUCACGUCGGCGAUCGCGCCGGCCGGCAAGGCGAGCGCGCACGUCUUCAUCGCGGGCGGCGUGGGCAUCACGGCUUUCAUGGCGCUGCUGGACAUGUACCGCAAGAUCCACUGGGACUCGGUAGUGCACUACGCGGUGCGGUCCAAGGACGACGUGCCGUUCGCGGAGCGGCUGGCGGCGCUGACGGGGCCAGCCCCGGCGGCCGCCGACAAGUCCAAGGGCACGGCGGCGACGGAGGAUGAAGGAGAAGCGUCGUCGGUGAAGAUCGUGUACUACGACAAGGCGCAGGGGCAGCGGCUGGACAUCGCGCAGGUGAUGAGCUCGCUGCCGUGGAACAGCCAGGUGUAUGUGUGCGGGCCGCCAGGGAUGAUGGCCGAGGCGCAGCGGGCGGCGGGCAGCGCCGGGCUGGGCGAGGACGAGGUGCACUACGAGGCGUUCGCGGCCGACACGGGCGGGGACCCGUUCGAGGUCGUGGUCGCCAACCGGGGCGGCCAGCAGACGCCGGCGCCGGUGCUGCAGGUGGGCGGCGAGGAGACGCUGCUCGAGGCGCUGCGGCGGCACUUUGGCGCCGACGACAGCGCCAUCGCGAGCAGCUGUGAGGUGGGCAACUGCGGGACGUGCAAGGUGGUGCUGAAGAGCGGGCGCGUCGACCACCGGGGCACGGCGCUGAUGGAGAAUGAGAAGAAGGACGGGAUGCUGAGUUGUUGGGGUUUGACGUCCCUCAUGUUCUCCUUCGACCAGACUUCCCCCGAAUACGGAUGCGCUGACAAAGCUGGGCCCCGAGAUACUGUUGACCAGGCUCGUGGCGCUGUCUACGUGGCCACCAUGGACGGGGUUAGAGCGGAGGCUCUUCGUCGGCGAGGAGGAGGACGACAAGUCCGGUUCGUGCAUACGUGGAAACGCCUCACAGUCGGGUGGUGA